GCUCUCUCGCUCUCUCUCGCUCUCUCUCUCUCGCGCUCUCUCUCUCUCGUGUGUUCGAGGUGGUGGCAGGUCUGGCUCCGACUUGGGGAGACUUGGGGACGGUGGCAGACAGCAUACAGAUAGCAUGUUGAAGCUUUUACAACGUUUUUUCAAGGCGGAUGCCUUGACGGCCAAUACGGGUCAUCGUGUGCUCUUCGAUUUGACCCUCCCUGAGACGCUCAAAAAGUUUAUGGUCGCCACGGACAAGGACUUUUUUGGGGGCUUUAGCGAAGCACAAGUGGAACACCACCCGGAUGGCUUUGCAAGAUUCAAAGGACACCUGUCAACAACCAUUCCCGAAGGCUCCAAAAUGGAACGUAGUGGCUUUGCGCUGUUGCGCUCGCGCUCUCAGCAGAUGCGUCGAAUUGACAGUCCGUAUCUGGAUAUUGGGGACACCAAUACGCUCGAAUUUGAGGUGCGCGGCGAUGGCCGUCCUUACAUUAUCAAUUUGCAGUCAUCCUCACUCCACGACGAGGACCUUUACCAAGCUUUCUUGUAUACCCGGGGCGGGCCUCAUUGGCAAACGGUGCAGAUCCCGCUAGCUGACUUUCUGCUGACGCACAUGGGCUACGUUCAGAAUGAACAAACGCUGCUUUCCCAUGAGAGGAUCCGAACCAUCGGCUUCCUGCUUGCCGAUCAAACUGACGGGCCUUUUCAGCUUGACGUCAGGCGUAUUUCCGCCACCACCCACCGCAAACAAAUCACCCGUUUGGAUGUCAACGGUGCACAGAUGACAAGUCCGCUUCCAAAGGACCCAUCUCGUGCAUCAGAAGCAACAAAUCAGACAGAAGAAGAAAAAGGCGGUCGUUGA